AAAAAAAAACAAUCAAUGCUUGGCAAGAAAAAAAAAGAAAAUCAAUCAAAUGUGACAAAAUUAAUUUAUUUUAAUACAUCCUAUAAAAAUCCUUUCAAAUUUGUACCAUUUUCAUUAAUAUUAAAACAUGUCGAUGAAAUAAUAUAUUACUUUGAUGUGUAGACAUGAACAAUUCUUACAUCAUAAAUAAAAUUCCAUGCAUAUUACAUGAUAUUGCUUGUAAAGGCAGGUAAAAUAAAUAUUGGGACACUUCUCAAAAGCUGUAGAAAAAUUAAUUUCUCUAUAACAUGAUUGAAUAAAACCGUGUUACUUACUACCACCUACAUGCUUCAAGUCACCUUGUUUAAUUUGUGAAAAUGUAAUCCAGCAAUAUUACAGUGUUUUGUUAUCUGUUACUUUACACCAAUUAUUGCUUCAAAACGAAGUUUUCGCAGUCCAGAGUCUGAUGAUCUGUUUAAACAGUUACACAACUUGUGCUCUUUAAGACAGAGAGUGUUACUCAGUUGAUACAACAUUAGUAACGGACAGUACAGUAGAAAAUGUUAAUUCUAAUAACAGUUUUAAUGCUCAAUGUGUGGGCUAUACCAGCAGAUGAUUUAUUUUUACCAAACAUAAACAUUCUUGAAGAGCUAGGGAAAAUAAAGAUGAUGGAAACAAGGAUGGAAUCUAUGGAGAAGGACAUGGAGCGACUAAAAACAGAAAAUGCAGCACAAGCAAAGGAACUGGAGACCAUGCGUGGGGCAACAAAUGAUGUAAAGAACAGAGUGGAUGACCUAAUUAAACAAAAUGAAGUUUCAAAAGUGGCUUUCUCAGUUUCGCUGUCGUCCUCUAAUGGACCACACAGUAGUUUACACACCCUGAUUUACAAACACAUCUUCCUCAAUACUGGAGAUGCCUAUGAUGCAAACACAGGAAUUUUUACAGCACCCAUGAAGGGAGUGUAUGCAUUCAGGGUUUUCUCUAAGGCCCACGGAAGUUCAGAUAAAGCAGUUGUCGCAGGCCUAUUUAGAAACGGCCAGCAUGAAAUUUCAACAUAUGCACGGCAAGACGGUGGUUUUAUCGGCUCUUCAAAUGGAGUUUCUCUGUUGCUGGAAAAGGGAGAUAAAGUAUGUGUAAAUCUCUAUUCUGGAUAUUGGAUUUUUGACAAUGAACACCAUCACAGCACCUUUAGUGGACAUCUGCUGUUCCCCAUGUGAACAGAAAGUACACAAGAUCUACUAAUUAGCAUCUUUGUAUAUCAAGAGUUAUAGUAAGACUAUGUGUAAAUGAAUUUGGUAAGUAAUGUAUUUUACGUGAAUUUGAUAUAUAACAUACUAACUAACUUCAGUUCAACUACAACAGUAUAAGGCAAGUAUAUUGUCAAGUUAUACAAGGUCUUUCUCUAAAACCUUUGGAAAUCAAAAUAGGCCUAUAUGUUAUUGGUGUAUGAUUUUAUUUUUCACAUUAAAAACCUUGUAGUGUACACUAAAAAAUUUUCUUUCUUCUUUUUUUUUUAGUAAUGUAGUAGAUUUUUUUUUGCAAUGUUACAUAUUUAAGACGUGUGUCAAUGUGCCAGAUGUAACCCAUAAAAGCAUUUUACCAAAAUA